AUGAAGAAGUGUAUUAGUAAUAUUUUGAGUUUGCUGUUGGUUUCAAGUUUGGUUGCCUUUUCUCAAUCUUUCACUUCUGAUACUAAUGGGAAUGUUGUACCCCCUCCUGUGCUGGACAUGGACGGCGAACCACUCAAGGUAAACGAGGAGUACUCAAUUCUGAGUGUUCUCCCGGGAGGCGGAAGCACAUACUUAGCUGAUCUUGGAAACACCAAAUGCCCAAACGGCAUCGUGCAGGACAGUUCUGGUGAAUUUGAUCACAGCACGCCCGUGAUGUUUUUCACUAUGCAACUUGGAAGUCAUUAUGUGUUUGAAAACCAAGACGUUAGUAUAAUGUUCUCAACUACAACUUCUAAUCUAUGUGUUAACGAAACUGUUUGGAAAGCUGGUGAUUACACGCUAGGGCCGGUGAAUCCGCCACCUAGGUUUGUUAUAACUGGUGGUACCUUAGGAAUUCCAGGGCCUAAUACCUUAAAGAACUGGUUCAAAAUUGAGAAAGAUGAGACGGGGAGACCUCAUUCUUACAAGUUAAGGUAUUGUCCUAGUCAAUUUAUGUGUCCAACAUGCCAUUUUGAUUGUGCAGAUGUCGGAUUGUACCAAAAUAAGGGAUACGCCCGUCUGGCUCUCAAUAACAAGCCUUAUCCAUUUGGCUUCACCAAAGUAAACAAGAAUGAUGCGUAG